AUGAUCGUCGACACGGCCGUCCCCUCGCUGCCCGCUAAUGCCUUCCAGGGCUUCACCAUUCUUCGCUUGGCCCUGAAUAGGAAUACCUUGAGCAACAUCGACGACAACGCGUUCAACGGUGAGCUUCUCGAAUCGCUCGUCGAGCUCGACCUCGGCGACAACAACCUCGGCCAAGUCCCCCAGACCGGUGUCACCAAGCUCCAGAAUUUGAGAAAGCUCUACCUGUACCGCAACAAGAUCUCCAACUUGCCGGCGAACUCGUUUGCCGCCUGGGAGUCGAAGGAUUUGAUUGUGAAGAUUUCGCUGGCCGGCAAUCGCCUGACGGAUCGCUCGCUGGGAGAUUCGACCGUGUUCAGGCCGUUCAAGCUGCUGCAGGAACUUUCGCUGGAGACGAACGCCUUGACCCAGAUCCCAUCCGCCGCCCUGGUCAACCAGCGCCUAACCCUCACCAAUCUCAACUUGGGCCUCAACAACAUCAGCAAUGUGCCAGUCGGAGCCCUCGAUCUGCCGAUGCUCACAUCUCUUUCCCUGGAAUUCAACGGCAUCACCGUCAUCACCCCACAGGCCUUCCAGGGUGUGCCCAACCUACAGUACCUCUACGUCACUGGCAACAAGUUCCCAUCGUGGCAGCCGGAAAUGUUCCGAUUCGUUCCCUACCUGCGAACUCUGGGCAUUGGCGAGACGCCGAUUUCCGUCAUCCCUAACAACGCCUUCCAGUACAUCCCGAACCUGUUGCGCCUGGAGAUGUCCGAGGCUGCUGUCGACACGAUCGAGCGAGGGGCCUUCCAGCGGACGCCCAAGAUCCAGGCCAUCGUCCUCAACAAGAACCGACUUUCCCAAAUUCGCGCCGACUUCUUCCAAGGGCUCAACGACCUCUACUCGAUCGACGUCGGUGCCAACCGCAUCUCGAACACGGAAAACCUCGCAUUUGCCAACCUGCCAACCAUUCAGCAUCUGGAUAUUAGCUACAACCAACUGCAGACGAUGCCGAACGACGUCUUCCAAAACUCCUUCCUGCCCCAACCCGACGAGCGCCGUGUUAUUUAUGCUUGUGGCAACCCCUGGCUGUGCGACAGUCAGCUCAUAUGGUUCCGUCAGCUUCUCCGCGAGAAUCUCGACAUUGACAUUGACAAGCCGGGCUGCACAUCCGUCUGCCGCUCUGCACCCAACAAUUGCCCGCCCGAGGGCACACCGCUUCGAUCCGAGGAUCUGUGCCCGUUGAACAGCGAAACGCCGCAGGCUUUCGUCUCGUCACCCCUGUCGAUGGUCCCCUGGAUCAUCCUCGCGAUCAUCAUGACGAUCCUGAUGAUCUCCAUCUGCAUGCUGGCGCUGAUCCGCUACGGCAUCUCGCACAAGCGGAAGAAGCAAAAGGACCAGGAAAUCGAGGAAGACCGAUAUCUCUCCACUGCUGCAUCAAUGUUCGCCGGUCCCGUCUCGACGAUCGGGCCGCUGGGCAUCGAGAGUCGACCGUACACGUCGCACACGGGGCUCGACCUCGAUCUGCCCACAGCCCACUCACUCGACGAUCGGCCCAACAACUAUCUCUAC